CACUUCUACAGUCCCCAUUUCCCUUCAUGCCCCUCCUUCUCCUCCCUUUCCCACUCAUCUUUGCACAAACUCUGAAUUCGAAGGAACCCAGUCGCUUCUAGGUUCGAGUUCCUUAUGGGUUUCCAAUCGAGGACCCAAUAGUUCUCUAUCUAAGAACCAUGUGGUUGGUGGGCUAGGUUCUUAGAAUCCAGGUCUGGAUUCUGGGUCUAUUCGAUGGGUACUGAAGAGGAGAAAGACAAGGAAGAAGAGCAAGGAAGGGAAGAAAGAAGAGGAAAAAGGAACGAGAAACCAGAAGAAAUAGGAAGAACAAAUGUCUUUCUCUCUAAGCCCUGGUCGGAGCCAGAGUCUCCCACAGAAAUGAAGAAACUUGUCCUGAAACUGGAUUUGCAUAAUGACAAAGAAAAACAGAAGGCCAUGAAAGAAGUGGCUGGUCUAACAGGUAUUGAUUCUAUAGCCAUGGACAUGAAGGAGAAGAAAUUAACAGUCAUCGGAGACGUAGACCCUGUUUGUGUGGUGACCAAGUUAAGGAAGAAACAAUGGCGGUACACUGAGAUUCUGACAGUAGGUCCUGCAAAAGAAGAGAAGAAGAAAGAUGAGAGCAAGAAGGACGGGGAUAAAAAGGAAGAUAUCAAGCCCUGUUAUCCUUACUACCCCCCAUACUAUGUGGUGAGCGUAGACGAGAGGCCUACUUCCUGCACCAUGUGCUAAAUUAGUAAAUCGGGGAAUUUGGGAUGUUUUCAUGUUUAGGAGAUGGAAUCGGUUGUUGUUAAAGUAAAUUAGAUAUAAACCCAAUAAAGGGGUUUCAUGUCUCCUAAUGUAAAAAUCAACCAAUCCACCAUCU